CCACAAGAGCCUGGCAUGUAGUCUCUCUCUACUUUCUAAAAGAGCCACAGAAAAUCAUUCACUUCUUAUUUGAAAGAUUCCACAGUGUAAACAAUUUGGGAUUUAAAAUAAUAAUAAUAAUAAUAAUUAAAAACUGAUUAAUGCACCAUGUGAGUGGAGUUUCAGCAACACGCACUACUAAAACAAGGGAAUAGGCAUGAUCUUAGAGCAAUCCUAAAAAUGUUUGAUAUAUUCCAGGGCUUAACGAGCAGUUUGAUCAGUCGGUCACCUCGGUGUUCACUCCCCCCUGCUAAGUGUCUAAUGAUCGAGGCGUAUAAUCCUCUCUCAAAACAACUACACACAUGCUAAUAGCGUCUUGACUAUAAAUGCGCGUGACUUCUGGUCUUUCUCCUUUACAGCAACCUGACACACACACACACACAGCCUUACAGCAGCUUAUACAGCUUUAUUAUUGCAAACUACAUACAGUUCAACGUCCUGAGCUGGAUUUUUUUUUACACCACGGACACUUCUUCCUGAACAGACCCGCUUGAGAGCUGUGCGCAAACUUGUGCGCUUUAGUGCGCAAACUUUACUUGAAUCAUUUCUGGCGCGCGAGGGUCGCACCUGGAAAGAAGACUAAGGCAAGGAAGAUGUUUCCCUUGCCGAUGUUUACCGCGGAUCAGGUGGCUCGGGUGUGUGAGAACUUGGAGGAAACCGGGGACAUGGAGCGCCUGGGCCGGUUUCUGUGGUCACUUCCGGCGGCGGCCCCCGGUUCUGCAGGCGAGGCGCUCCACAGGCACGAGUCGGUGAUGCGCGCGCGGGCUCUGGUCGCAUUUCACGGUGGUGACUUCGAGGCGCUUUACCGCAUCCUGCAGAGCCACCGGUUCACGCGCGAGUCCCACGCCAAGCUGCAGGACCUGUGGCUGCACGCGCAUUACCGCGAGGCGGAGCGCAUGCGCGGCAGGCCGCUGGGCCCCGUGGAGAAGUACCGCAUCCGCAAGAAGUUCCCUCUACCCCGCACUAUCUGGGACGGCGAGCAGAAAACGCACUGUUUCAAGGAAAGGACACGGAGUUUGCUUAGAGAAUGGUACCUACAAGACCCGUAUCCAAACCCAUCUCGCAAGCGGCACCUGGCCCAGGCUACAGGUCUCACACCUACACAAGUUGGAAACUGGUUCAAGAACAGACGCCAGAGAGACAGAGCAGCAUCAGCCAAAAACAGACUACAACAAGUCUCUGCUCUUCUCCCAUCUGGCAGCUUUCCAGAAUGUUCUUCCAUAGAUCACAGUGGCAGCCCAGAGAACAGCGACACCAGAGCCUCUACACCCGACAUAUCGGUCAGCAGCGACAGCGAGUUUGAGUCCUGAGCCUUGGUUUGGUCUAAUAACCAAAACCGACAAAACACACACAGACUCCGACGAAGCCACGGAAGCUUGCAGAGACACGCAGACAGAGACGUGAUGUAAAGAUCGGCUUCAACGCCACUGAGACGCACACACUCUGGAAGAUAUGGAGAGUGAAUUGGAGCAAAUAUACAGUGAAAAUCUGAAGAGCAUGCGGACUGGAUCGGAGACUGGAAGGGGUUUUGGUGAAUGUAUAUACCUGCACUUAAAAGGACACUUAAAAUUUGAUUGGUUGUUGCCAAAUAAAUAAACUUUU